AAAAGUGAUACUCCUACUGAGAAACGUACUUUUCCUUUGGCCAGCUCUUUUGCUAGUCCAUCAAAUCCAUUUUCUUUUGCCAAUGACUUUAACGGUAUUAACGGUUUCAGUGACUUUGGUUUACUCCCGUUUACCGGCCUUCUUAAUGGAUUGACUCCUAUUGUCAUCGGUAUUUAA